AUGCCGGAAAGUCUAAAUAACAUUGAUAAAAACGCCAGCAAAGAAGAAAAAUACAAGCAAACAAUCGUUGAAAUAAAAAGUUUAGUUCAUCAUGAAAAGGAUUUAAUUGCAAACCUUGCUAAUAUUAGCGCUGUCCUUAAAGAAAUAUUUUCUUUCUGGUGGGUGGGCUUCUAUUUAGUUAAAGACAAUCAAUUGGUACUUGGCCCAUUUCAAGGUCCAUUAGCCUGUACCAGAAUCCAAUUAAAUAAAGGCGUUUGUGGUACAAGUUGGGGACAACAUAAAACUAUUGUUGUGAAAAAUGUUCACGACUUUCCGGGUCAUAUUGCUUGUUCAUCAGCUUCAUUAUCUGAAAUCGUAGUACCGAUUAUUCGACGAUCGGCAAACGAUGAACCAACAAAAGUAUUAGGCGUAUUAGAUAUCGAUAGUGAAUAUGAAGCACAUUUUGAUGAUAUCGAUCAACAUUAUCUUGAAGAGCUCGUGCGCGAAUGCAUCGAACCAUCUUUUAGUUAA